GGGGCUGCCGGACGGACGCUGACAAUGAGCCUCCAUAAAAGGGAGCGGCGGGGUCGGGGGCCCCGGAUCGAGCCCUCCCCUCCCGGGGUCCUGACGAGCUGAAGGCCGUGGCUGGCCGGGCGGCCGGGUGGGCGGUGGGCGGGUGAACUAGGCGGUCCGCGGGCCCUGCGUGGUCCGGGGCGGGAGGCCGCCGCCAUUGGCGGCGCGCCGAGGCCUGUGCGCCCGUCCUCCGCUAUCGGGUCGCCCUUCUCCGCCUCACCAUGGCCCUCAGAGCAGAAGGAGCCGCGGCGCUCGACUGCUUCGAGGUGACGCUCAAGUGUGAGGAAGGAGAGGACGACGAGGAGGCCGUGGUGGUUGCCGUGAUUCCGCGGCCCGAGCCGAUGCUCCGAGUAACCCAACAGGAAAAGACGCCGCCACCUAGGCCUAACCUGCUGGAAGCAGGUGUCGAAGGCUGUGAGGAGCCCAAGCAGCAAGUGUCAUGGGAACAGGAGUUCCUGGUGGGGAACAGCCCAGGAGGCAGUGGACGGACACUGUGCAUGGUGUGUGGGGCUGAGAUCCGGUCCCCAUCAGCAGAUACUGCUCGCACACACAUCCUGGAGCAGCAUCCGCAUACCCUGGACCUGAGCCCCUCUGAAAAGAGCAACAUCUUGGAAGCCUGGAGCGAAGGGGUGGCCCUUCUGCAAGAUAUCCAAGUUGACCAGCCAUCCCUGCCCAGCCUAGAGUCAGGCCAGGAUGGCCAUCCAGACCCCAACUCCAACCCGGACCCUGCCAGGAUGCCAGCAGAGAUCGUGGUCCUCUUGGACUCCGAGGACAACCCAUCCCUCCCUAAGAGACUCCGGCCCAGAGGACUCCGCCCUCUUGAACUGCCUGUUGCCCCUGUCACAGAGCCAGGAAAUAAAAGGGCCCGUGGUCAGAGAUGGAAGGAGUCCUCUGAAGAGGAGCCUCCUAGGAAGAAGAGAGGCAGGCAUAUGACCAAAAACCUGGACCCUGACCCAGACCCCCCAUCUCCUGAGUCACCCACAGAGACGUUCUCAGCACCAGCCGAAGUCCGACACUUCACUGAUGGCAGCUUCCCUCCUGGCUUUGUACUCCAGCUCUUCUCCCACACGCACCUCAGGACCACAGACAGUAAGGACCCUUCUAAAGUCAGCAAAGGAGCAGCAGAGGGCCUGCAUCAGCCAGAAAGUCCCUCUUCAGCUCCCCCUCCGGGGCUUCGUGGGACACUGGAUCUCCAGGUUAUUCGUGUUCGGAUGGAGGAGCCACCAGCCGUCCGCCUCUUACAGGACUGGUCCAAGCAUCCCCAGGGUACCAAGGGGGUGGGAACAGGUGACAACCCAGACUGGCCCACUGUUCUGUCAGAGUCCAGUGCCACUGUUAAGGGACAACCAGAGGCGGGAAAUGGGGUAUGAGUUUUUACUUUACUGGGGAGGGAGGAGUGGGAAGAAGGAAAGGUGGGAGGGAGGAGGCAGUAUCCCCCUUUGGCUUAAAUCUCAGAUCUGCCCAGCUCAGCCACCUGAUUGAGUUUUAAAACCAGGUGCCAGGAAAAUGUGGAAGGAGAAGUGGCAUCACUGUCACAGUGGGGCACUAGAAAAUGCUUGCCCCUGGACAAUCCUGAAUGAGGCAGAGGUGGCUUAGGCUAUUGGGUGAUAGGCAUUGGGCCUGUGGAGAAAACCUUCCCCAAUCCUUUGCUGACUCACCCUCUGACCCCACACCUCCUUCCUGUCAGCUCCCACCAUUCUCCCCUGGCACAGUGCCUUAUGCAGAGGUGGUCAUGAUGGGGUUUGAACUGAGUCCCACUACCUCGGGGGACACCUCUCCUCCCCCACUUCUGGCUCCUUCAGGAGGAGACCUCCAUUACCUCUUAACCGCCUCAUCCCUGCCGAGGGCUCCCUUUACCACCCCUUCUCCUAUAGUCCUGUUGCAUCUUUUAUCCAGUUGUAUAUAUUGCCUUUGUUGACAAUAAAUUAUUUUUUUUUUUUAA